UCAAGCUUCAUUGCACCGUAACCCGAGGCUGUUGGUUGACGAAUACUCACUCAACUCACCGGCGUUAGCAAAAGCCCAUCUCAGAAUCGUCUCUUGGCCUGUCGUCUGAUUUCAUCAACAUCUUUGAGAAACGAAAGCCUGAUCCCUUGGGACACAUCACCAGCCUGUUCAGGCAUACUCUCAAACCCCAACGCGGAACGCAGCAGAUACACAACCUCGACGAUGCCUCUACACCAGGGCUUCCUCCCGCGCGAGGGCCUCACAGCCGACCCCAUCUUCCGCCUCAUCGCCAGGACCGCCCUGAACCCGUCCGUACUCCUCCCGCUACUGCUCCUCGCUCGCUACACCAAAAAGGGCGGUGAUCUCGCCAUCCUCCACCCCACGGCCUUUUCGCGCAUCAAGUUUCUGGCGUACUGCGCCGUCACGCGCUGGGCGAGCAGCUGGCUCUCGCGGCGCGCCCUGAACAACUGGGUCGACGACCGGUACGACUGGCGCAGGGAAAUUGUUCUCGUCACGGGCGGUGCUGGUGGGAUUGGCGGGCAUGUUGCGCGGCUGUUGGCCGAGCAGGGUGCUACUGUCGUCGUUUUGGAUAUCCAGGAUUUGACUUUCACUGCUGCUUCCAAUGUGCACUAUUUCAAGUGCGACAUCACGUCGACUGAGAAGCUCGCAGCCGUAGCCAACGAUAUCCGUGCAAAGGUCGGCCACCCGACGGUGCUUAUCAACAACGCCGGCGUGGCGCGUGGGAAGACCGUUCUCGACUCUACGGAACGGGAUAUCCGCUUUACCUUCGACGUCAACACACUUGCGCACUACUGGACAACCAAGGAAUUCCUCCCACACAUGGCGAAGGCGAAUCACGGCAUGAUUGUGACGGUUGCGUCAUACGCAAGCUACCUAUGCGUCCCCAACAUGGUCGACUACGGCGCGUCCAAAGCCGCCGCCAUGGCCUUCCACGAGGGCAUCACGGCAGAGCUCACCACUCGGUACAACGCCCCGCGAGUGCGCACGGUACUGGUUAACCAGGGCUUCACAAAGACUCCGCUCUUCACCGGCUACGAGCAGGGCGUGGAGUUUAUCCUCCCGGCGCUGGAGCCCGAGACCGUCGCCGAUGCCGUGGUCAAGCAGGUGCUCACGGGCGAGAGCGGCCACGUCGUCUUGCCCGCGUAUGGCAACGUGCUGACGGCGCUGCGGGCGUUCCCGCACUGGUACCAGCAUCGUAUCCGGGGCGAGUCGCAGAAGCUGAUGAAGAACUUUUCGGGCCGGCAGGUGGUCAAGGACGUUGAGGGCUUUUACGAGAAGAGGGAUAAGAAGGCCGAAGAGGAGCAAGAGAGGCCGGAGGAGAGCACGGUCUUGGUUGCUGAACCCAUUCCCGAACCGAAUGGUAUCGAAUGAGAGGAAUCUCAAAGGGAAUUGAUAGUAUUGCAGGAAAGCGGAUGAGAUAGGCAGGCAGUAUAUAUAAAGUCGACACACGUUGCUCUCGCUCCGAAA